GUAAAUGGGCGUGCUUACUCUGUGGGCUCAGCUCACUACUUUGAGUUAUUCUCCAGGAAGGAAGAACAUGGACUCAAGUGUGACAGGACUGCACUACAUCUGAGCCACAGGGCUGCUCUUGUAACACCUCAAGGAAUAAGGAGAUGGAGGAUUUCUGGUCUGGGGCCCUUUGGGUCAUGAAGAUCUGGCUGUACCUCAUCAUCAGCCUCAUCAUGAUCCCAGCCAUGUUUGGCUUCUCUCUGGGCAUUUCUGAGACCUACAUGAACAUCCUGGUUAAAACCCUAGAGUGGGCCACACUGAAUAUACAGGAAGCAAAAACAGAUGAACAAACACUCAAAGGCUCAGCUUCUAAUGGUCUCAUCCAGAGGGAAGAUGGCUCUAUGGAGAAGGAGUUAGAGGAACUUAGACGCAGUCGCCCUAAACCAUCCAUAGGUGGAGAUUUUACUCUCAGCGACUGUUUCUAUUUCAACCGGCGAGGAAUUGAGAGCAUUGUAGAGGAUGAGGUGACCCAGCGUUUCAGUUCAGAGGAGCUGGUUUCCUGGAACCUACUGACUCGCACUAACGACUUCCAGUACAUCAGUCUGAAGCUGACGCUGGUCUACGGCAUCGGCAUCUUUUUGAGAUACUGCAUCCUUGCCCCACUCAGGAUAGCUCUGGCCUGCAUUGGUCUCACCUGGUUGGUCAUAGGAACAUCUGCAGUGGGAUUACUCCCGAAUUUGAGGAUUAAGUUCUGGCUCAGUGAGUGGGUCCAUGUGAUGUGCUACAGGAUCUGUGCUCGAGGACUAUCUGCCACCAUCAGAUAUCACAACAGGGAAAAUAAACCCCAAAAAGGAGGAAUCUGUGUUGCCAAUCACACCUCUCCCAUCGACAUUGUGAUUCUCUGCAAUGAUGGCUGUUAUGCUAUGGUGGGUCAGGUUCAUGGAGGAUUAAUGGGAGUGAUCCAGAGAGCCAUGGUGAGGUCCUGUCCCCAUGUCUGGUUCGAGAGAGCAGAAAUGAAAGAUCGCCACCUAGUGACCAAAAGGUUGACGGAUCAUGUGAAUGACAAGACAAAGCUUCCCAUAUUGAUAUUCCCGGAGGGAACCUGUGUCAACAACACAUCUGUCAUGAUGUUCAAGAAAGGAAGUUUUGAAAUUGGCGCAACAAUAUACCCAGUAGCCAUUAAGUAUGAUCCAAAAUUUGGAGAUGCUUUCUGGAACAGUUCUAAGUACAGUAUGGUCAGUUACCUGCUAAGGAUGAUGACCAGCUGGGCACUCGUCUGUAACGUGUGGUACUUGCCAGCCAUGCAUCAACAGGAGGGAGAAGGUGCUGUCCAGUUUGCCAACAGAGUAAAGUCGGCCAUCGCCCACCAGGGAGGGCUGGUAGAUCUGCAGUGGGACGGAGGCCUGAAGAGAGCAAAGGUGAAGGAGUCUUUUAAGGAGCAGCAGCAGAAGCAGUACAGUAGCAUGGUGGUGGGAGACGACAGCAGCGGCCACAGUGACUGAGAUCCAGAUCAAGUGCACAGUCAAAAUCUCAGCCCUGUCCUUUGGAGGUUAUACACUGGAAACCAGCCUCUCUCCUCUACUCAGGCUAAUGUCGAGUGGACUUGAAACACACUGUGAAACCUCAGGUACAACUUCAGCGAGGAGAGUCGGAGACAUUCGCAGAAAUCUCAUGUGCAAUAUUGAAAUUCAUGAGAAACAGACAUUGCAAAACGCAGAAACUGCUGUUGUGAUUGUAUUUUGAAAUGAUGUGUGAUUGUAGAUUGUUUUUUAAAACAAAUUUUAGUUUACAAAAGGGCUGUCAGCGUUAACUAGUUCAUCGCGAUUAAUUAAGGUCUGAAGUUAAUGCAUUCAUUAAUCGCAUGCUAUGUUGUCCCUUCAGGCGCACAGUGGAGAAGCCUCCUCACUGUCUCCCUGUAGUCACACUGAUGGAAAAGCAUCUUUGAACGUCUCAUUUCACUUUAGAAAAAAACUUGCAAGACAGCACAGUUUACGAGUCAAAAUAAUAUCCACCUUAUGACAUCAUACAUUUCACUUUUGUACCGUUCCUUUGAGCUGUUUCACUUAGUUUUUGAUCCAUAAGACGUUCCUUUUCCCCUUUAAGUUUAUGUCGUAAGGAGGUCCUUACUUUGUUUCAAAAAGCAGCUUAAGCUUUUUUUUUCUAAUAUUUCUAAUUUUUUAAAUAAAAACCCAACAAUUUUUAUUUUUAAUGCGAAAUAAUGGAAUUUCAAACAUGCAAUUAAAAAUAUGAUUAAUUGUCAUUAACUAUUGAAUUUUAUCGAUUAAUUGUGAUUAAUAAAUGUAAUUCUUUGGCAGCCCUAGUUCACAAUUUCAACACCUAUGGUGUGAUUGUGCAAAAGGGAAAGGUAACUUCCAUUUUACAACUUACGACACAAACGCCUGUAUCCAUAAUGAGGUGAUUAUAAAUUUAGCAGCAUUUAAACAUUUGUUUUAGAUCUUGAAGUAUUUAUCUGCAACAAAAUUAAAACCAAUAAGCUUCUAGAAAAAAAAAGGUGCUAGCUAAAAGACAAAUAGCUUGAACAAUCACUAAUUGAAUACAACACUGAUUCACAAAAAUGUUCCUUUUUUAAGUUGUGUAAAAUCAAACUUUGUGCACGGUGUUGGUUAUCUUUGAUCACUCAUUAUUUUUUUUUAACAGAAGCACAAAGUUAAAGCAAGGACACAACAGGCAUGUGGGUUUGGCACUUAAAUAAUACAUUCAAGUGUUGAGCGUGAGAUGCUGAGUUCAUUAAAUGUCCACACAAGGUGUGACGGCCUUAAAGGAGAACACACAGCUUAGACUUCUUGGAUUUCUCUUCACUGGAUUCUUGUCCUGAAGUUCGAUCCUUGGUGCUGCAGUUGGUAUGUGUGGUCUCCUCUGUGGCUACUAAGAGAAGAUUCAAGAAGGAUUUGUUUUAAAAUCACUGUAACUAUGUAUAUGAUGACACAAUCCUCAUAUUUAUUUUGUUUUGAAAUGUCAGCGUUCUCACCCUCAUCCUCCUGCUGAACACUUGGAACUGUUUCCUGCACGUUCUGCUGAGAAACAAAUGUCACUCACUCACCGUCACAGUACAAGAAUGUGUUUGAAUUUAGUUAUGUGCCUUUUCUUUAUGUCAGUACUUACUGGCAACAAGGUAACUUUGUUCCUCUUUUUCUGUUCCUGAUAUCUGCAAAUGUCAUCAACAAUGAAAACAAGUUAUCAUGCGAGUGCCAAGUAUUAAAGAUGAGUCUGAUUUUUUUUUUAACAAUGAAAUUAUGUGAACAGCAGCAUUUCUUUAAAAUGUGACAUCCCCCCAUUUUUAUUUUAGUAAACAAGCCAGAAGAAACAAAUGUUUUAGUGAAAUAUUUAUGAGCCUGAUUAGUGCCUCACAUCUGUGUCGUCUCUUUCUACACAGUUCAGAUGACAAAGAGGUUCAUGUUGAUCCAGACAGGCAGCGUUUAAAGCGAAGCUGCUUUUAUCACAGUGCAAUAAAAGGUAAUAAAGCUGCGUGGUUUUUGGUUUUCUCUGAUACAACUGUUUCUCCUGUCAGAGCAACUUGAUCUCACAACCUGUUGUCACAUUAAAUGAUUAGUGUCUCUGGUUAACAUUUAUUUAAUUGCAUUUUAUUAAAAAAAAUUAUUCCAA